AUGAUCGGGGUCCAACCGCCACAUUCCUACCGCGCCGCCGUGGCGGGCGGCGCGGAAAGCAAUUGGUCUGCAUUCGGUAAGGGAGAGAUAAACGGGUGCUCAGAUCGCGCCACGUGGCCAGGUAUCGCCAGCUGGAGAAGCUAUUUCGGUGACCGGUGGCAGGCCCCGGCAGACCGACACCAGACGACGCCGCCGCCCCCGCGCUCCCCCACUGCUAAUUAUAGCCGCACUGUGCAUUCUUGGGCGAACGAUGUCGGAUUUUUGUCGAGUACGCGCGGCCACACGCCGUUUGUUUUGGCCCCAGCGAUCGGACCUCCGGCCAAACUCGGCCCACUUCGAGACUACCCCUCAGCCAGAAAGCUAACGGAACACUUUACAUCAUGCAUAAGUUCACCAAACGUACGCGUGAUAAAUCUG